UCUGUCAUCUCCUAAAUUUAUUUAUAAUAGAUUUGAGAAAAAAGUCAUUUCCCUGAAAUAUUGCAAUAUACUGUAGACUCCUAUUCAUAUUUUUCCAGGGUUGUUACUAUAUAAUUUUCAAAGUUGAAAUCUCAGCAGGAACUUUUUGGGAGUUCAUUAAUUUUAGCAAAGAAACUUUAGUAAAUGAGUAAGUCAAAUUCUUCUACACUCAGGAACCUAGAAAACCAGAGUGAUGAGGUCACCUUCAUCCUCCUGGGCUUCUCAGAGUAUCCAGAGCUCCAGGUGCCUCUGUUCCUGUUGUUCUUAGCAAUCUACACAGUCACUGUGCUGGGGAACCUGGGCAUGGUCAUGAUCAUCAGGAUCAACCCCAAACUCCACACCCCCAUGUACUAUUUUCUCAGCCACUUAUCCUUUCUUGAUUUCUGCUACUCUACAGUGGUUACACCCAAACUUCUGGAAAACUUGGUUGUGGGAGACAGGACCAUCUCCUUCACAGGAUGCAUCAUGCAGUUCUCCUUGGGCUGCAUAUCUGUGGUGACAGAGACAUUCAUGUUGGCAGUGAUGGCCUAUGACCGAUUUGUGGCAGUGUGUAACCCUCUUCUGUACACAGCAGUCAUGUCUCAGAAGCUUUGUUCCCUGUUGGUGGGUACAUCAUACUCUUGGGGUAUAGCUUGUUCCCUGACCCUUACCUACUUUCUAGUGCACUUAACCUUCAGAGGAAAUAAUAUCAUACAUAACUUUGUCUGUGAGCCUGCUGCUAUUGUUUCUGAGUCUUGUUCUGACCCUUAUAUUAUCCAGAAGAUCCUAUUAGUGUCUGCCACAUUCAAUGAAAUAAGCAGCUUGGUGAUCAUUCUCACUUCCUACAUUUUCAUUUUCAUCACUGUCAUGAGGAUGCCUUCAACUGGGGGGCGCCACAAGGCCUUCUCCACAUGUGCAUCCCACUUGACUGCCAUCACUAUCUUCCAUGGGACCAUUCUUUUUCUCUACUGUGUUCCUAACUCCAAAAGCUCCUGGCUCAUGAUCAAGGUGGCCUCUGUCUUUUACACAGUUGUCAUCCCCAUGCUGAACCCACUGAUCUACAGCCUCAGGAACAAAGAAGUGAAGGAGACUGUCAGGAAGUUAAUCAAUACCAAAUUAAUGUCUUUUAAUGUAAAAUAGCUAAGGUAUACUGAUUGAUUUCCAAUUGCAUUGUGGAUUUCUGUCCAGUUUUCUAGUAUCUAACACUUCAAAAUCUUUUCCAAAAAGAGAAGUGGUGCAUAGGUUUAACAUUACUCCCCAGUUGAUGGAUAUUUCAACCUCUGUUCAUUUUAAACUUUAGUACAUCAGCUACAAAAUGGUAAAUGACAAUAAUUAAAGCUCAGACCAUUUACAUUAAGUCUUUACACACAGAGAUUGUCCUGUACAGAUCUCUGCAUUAGGACACAGUACCAUUUAGCUUCCCAGAGGAAUCUUCUAUUCUUUUUUCAGUCUUUGAUAAAUGGGUUUAAAGAGUUACUUUCCAUAGUUAUAGCUUACCCUGAUGGAGCAUACAUCAAAAGCAAUGUAGUAAAUUAAGAGUUGUUAACAGAGAGUGCAUUUAAAAGAAAAUUUUAAUUCCACUCAGGAAGGAUUCAUACAUUGUAAGUGCAAAGAAAGCAUAAACUUGUCCCGUCCCUCCUAAAUCCAGGUUACUGUUUGGUUACAUUAUACUUAUUAAUAUAAAUUUAUUUGCUCUUUGUGUACAAAAGAUAAAAAUAACUAAUAAUUAUACACUU